CCAGAUGGGAUGAUGGAUGUUGGCUUAGCCCAGUUCACGUCAAUGCUAAUUAGGCUUCUACAUAAUGAAGUAGCUGGUUAGAGCACAGUAUAGAGCACAUAUUCUUUUGUCCACAUGCCAAGUUUAUGACUUUGGAAGAAUUGUUCAGUAGUCUGAAGCAGACUCCCUCGCCAGUCUAGCUACUCCCGAGAGCGCUGCACCUGUUUAGCCGGGCACGCUAAGCGCGAUCCCGCGAACUAUGUGUGGGCGCGCUCUUUAUGGCAGGUCUCAAAAGGGGGGGUAGCAGCGCAUGAGUGCGUCGUCGUUACCAGGGACGGGGUGUAGCUGUGGGUAGAAAAACAUCCACAGAAAAAAAAAAAAAAAAACAGCUUGAGUAGCCCACGCAGUUGUUGUCUGUAUGACAGCAGCCACCGCGCUCAUGUUAACCACAAGGAUGAGAGAGCAAUCGGGACAGGGCAGAGCUUUGAUUGUUUCCUAGGAACCGAACAGCAUCGGGAAAUAAAAAUGGAGUGGUAGGCGAUCCGCGGCGCGAGAGGCGCGUCCACCUGCUGCUACAGAAGAGUCCUGGCUCGUGGGUUAAAAACAAGGUUGGACACGGGGCAGAGAUGCACCGAAAGAAUUAUAACUAUUGAUGAUUGAUGGAUGUCCUCCAGAACCCCAAGUGCUGCCUUCAACAAAGAACUCCAGAGUCAACAAUAGAACAGCUCCACAAUCUUUAUCCGACUUUGACGCCUCACACAGUCAGUGUCCCAGCUCACGGCCCAGCGGUGUUGUCUCCCUCAUCCUCCCCAGGCCUCGUGGAUAUCCCUGAUGAGGCCGCAGCCCCGCCAGCUUCUCUCUCCUCCCUCUCCUCAUUUUCUUUACUCUCUCCACUCUCCUCCUCCUCUUCUUCCUCCUUAUCUUCCCUCUCCUCCAUCUCCUGUGCCACGUCAGUAAAACCUUGGCCUCAGAGCUGUGCAGAUAGGGCUCCUCUCUCUACAAUGGAGUUGGGUUGCAGUGAUAGCAGUGGAGGUGGCGGUGGCAGUGGCAGUUGUAUUGGCUGCAUUGAGGGGAGAGGUGACUGUCUGAGUUCUCACACCGAAGGUUCUGCAGAGCCUGAAUCUUGUGAGUCUGUCCUAGGCCUCACUCAGGACUUCCAACCUUGCCCAGCCUCAACCAUUCAGUGCCUCAGCUCAUCCUCCAGCCAAUCCGGGGAGCCGGUCCUGUCUGAUCAGCUCCUCAGUGGCUCGGCCCACGUGGUGGCGGGAGCUGCGUCGGCAUCAUCCGUGGAGGAGGAAGCGGCCGAGCGGGCGAUGCGAGAGGGGAGUGAGUCGGAUGGGGACCCGGCGGCGCAGAGCAUCUACGAGGGCCUGGGGGAGGAGGAGACGCAGGACUGGAGCUGCCUGGAGUCUCUCAUCAGCGAGAGCCGCAUGGAGCUGCUGGACCUCUGCUCCCGCAGCGAGCUGGCUGUCAACCUCUUCUGCGAGGAGGAUGUGGAGAACUACAUGUUCCAGGAGGAGGACACCACCCUGGCUGGGGAUGUCUGCUCGCUCAAGAUCCGAUACGAGUCCUUCCCAGACGGGGUUGAUGAGAGCGGCAGCGACGCCGACGCCUUGGUUCAGCAGGAGGCACAACACCUCGGCUUCUUCCCAGCAUGCACCAGGCGAGAGACGUUGAGUGAGAAGCCGGAAUCGUGGGAUAUGGACAAAGGUGACACCCUCUCGACGACCCCCAUCAUCAGCCCUGCCAGCCAGUCGCUGUUUGACUUCAGCAGCUCGCCCGGGGAGUCUGCUGAGUUUAGUGACGACGACAGCUCCUGCACAGGGUCAUCCCCUGACACUUGGCUCGCACGGCGGGAGCACGGCAAUCUGUCACGGGAGAACUCCAGCUCCUCCAGCCAGCUGAGUUACCGGCUCCGUGCGAAGAGGAAGGUGGCCUUCCGCGAGGACUACCUCUACGACGUGGACUCCAUUGAGAGCGAGAGGAAUGGUGAGAACCACGCAGAGAAGAAGCCGAAGCCGAAAAUCGGGCCAAAGGGGGAAAAAGAUGAUGACUGGUGCCCUAAAAAGAGACGAAAGUCCCACCGGAAGGACCCACCGGUCAUCAUUAAGUACAUAAUCAUCAACCGUUUCAAAGGAGUCAAACAUAUGACAGUGAAACUUGGAAGAGUGGAUGCAUCGACCACCCCUGUUAGUUUAAGUGAGGACUCCCUGACCCAGUAUGAGAAACUGGCCCCUCUGAAGGCCUUUUGGCAGAGCCAAAAGGAGGAGCAGCUGGCACUAGGCGACAACGUGAAACAUCUCAAUGGCUGCAGAUUGUCACCCAGCUCUGGUCUGAAAAAACGUAGACACAGGAUUGCCAACCGGCUGAGGAUCCAACGGAUUCAUGCAGUGGAAAAAAUGCCCACUGCAGGCAACAGACAGGAAGUGACAUCAUUCCAGAUGAACACAGCUGAACCAGAGAAAUUGGGAGACAGAAUGCCUGUGAGUGAUGAUUUGGUAUUAGGAAAUGUCACGUUGGAUUGCCCAAGGGGUCCGGGACCAAGGAGAAGGGCAGCAAGACAAGAGAGUGAAGAGAGGUGCAAGGACAACAAACCUGUACGGGUGAGGAAAUUCAAAAGUGAGGCUCGACUAAGGGCUAAGAAGCUGGCGGACGCACAGGCCCAGGCCCAGGCCCAGGCCCAGGCCCAGGCUAACCCGUCAGCCAAGGUAGUCAGUGUCUAUGGUACCCCAUGUGAGUCACGCACAAGAAACCCCCAAGACUCAAAAGUGAGCACCAGCAGCAAUGCACCAGACAAAUGCACUUUGACCUUGAACUCCCAGGGGGGCACCGCUUCUGCCAACGUGCCCCCUCUCCUAGGAGGCUAUCUUCAGACCUUGCUGGAGGCGUCUGAUUCAUCAAACAAUGCUUGCACGUCCUAUUUUCCGUUGCCACAGCAGCAACAGUCCCAGCCGUUCCUUCUUGAGGUACCUUUUCAACCCCCCCAAAGUUGCGUUCUCUCACCCCCUUCUGAGUCGGAGCUUCCGCAGUCCCCCCAUGCCCAUGGCAGCUACCCUGCAGAGAAUCAGCAAGCCCAAGGUUACGCCAGCGACACCGCACAUCACGCAGACACUAACUACCCCGCGACGUGGCCGUCUCAGCCUGGGGAGACAGACCAACUUCCUUUCCCGCCUGCCAUCCCCUCUCAAUCUCCCAUGCUGCACUCUGGCUUUCCCAAGCAGACCCUCCUGACUGACCAUCCUUUGUCAUCAGUCGGAGACAACAGAGCUGUAUCCAGCGAGGAGUCACUGGAACCUGAGCAGCAGCAGCGUCUGGACCUGGAGUAUAGCAGAACUCAAGGUGACGGUGGUGUCGGGCGGCUUGUCAGUUUCGACUCCCUUGGCUCGCUCUCUGUUGCCUCCAGCAACUACAGCUCCCUGAGCCUGCAUGAGGGAGAAGGCGAGGGGGAAGAGGGUGAGAUGAAUGACAACUUCCUGUCCCACUGCAGCCCGCAGCUGGUGCUGCAGCAGAGCCUGGAGGAAGUGACCCCGCUGCGCGAGUCAACAGACCUUCUUGACAUCUCCAACUUUACACCGGACAAGUUUCGUCAUGCCUCUCUGUCCGAGAUGUCUCCUCCUGAGACUCCCAACCCUUCCCCUCAUCUGAUUCGGCAAGGCGCAGGUUUCACCUCUGAGCCUGGAGCCUCUGAGCUGCAGUGGGACUGUGGAGUGGUGAGCUCUGAGCUUGAGGACGUGAACGGAUCGAGACACACUCACCUGCUUCAGAUACAUUCCUUUGGUCCAGACGAGGAAAAUGAGGAUGAGAGCAACAAUCACGGCAAGGAUGAGGAGGGUUUAAAAGGUCAGAAAGGGCCGAAACGGAAAGGUGCCAAGUGGGGACCCAAAAAGACUAAAAACUCCAAAGCUGCCAAAGGCGAGCAGAGUAAGUCCCCCAGGCAGGAGUCGAAAUCUGCCCGAAAGAUCAAAGCCAUACUGGAGGGGAAGGCAGACAAAGAAAUGGUGGGUUCCCAGUGCGGCACCGACUCUCCUUCAGUCGCCAUGUUAGGCCUCACAGGGGAGUGGCCUGGUGUCGGAGGCUUGUCUGACGACGACCAACAGGAGUUCAAGGAGCCGUCCAACAUCCUGUCCAACAUUGUGUCCGGCAUGGCAGAAGUUCAGCGCUUCAUGCGGGCGUCGGUUGAGCCACUGUGGGGACCGUGCCCACCCCCAGGGGAACAGUCACUCCAGAGCCAGACGCUGAAGAUUCUGGGAGGGCCAAUCGAAUCCGGGAAGAAGCGGGGUAGCGCCAGUGCAGUGGGGAGAGGGAAGAAAGGGGUGGGACGCGGGGCAAAAAACCCGCCCAAACUUAUCCCGGCAGACUUCUUCCCGGCGCUCAGUUUGGACUGCUUCCCUGUCCCGCACCGUCCCGCCCACAAAAAGAUGUACCGUCACAAGAGCAGUGCCAAAUUUGCCCGUGAGGAGCUGGCUCUCAGCAAAGGGAACACAAAAGAUUCAGCACUGACCGCAACACUUGAGAAACAGAGGUAACACUCAGUCCCCGGCCUCAGUUGAUUGGUUGAUUGCCCCUGUUCUUUUACCCCCCUCUAAUGUACACACUACCCUUCUGAACCUUUUUUUGAGCACUCCAGCAUCCCAGAGGAAACUGCAUGAUGUAAACCUUACCCCACCAACCCAACCCUGCCACAACCUAGCAUACAGACGAGCUAGGCUAACCUGCAUGACACAAACACGUUUGUCACAAAGACUACAGACUCCUGUUCACCUUUCCUGGAUCUGAACCACAUGGCUGCAUUUUGUUAUGACAUUGCUGCUUCUGUAUUUUUAUGAUAUGGUUUCAAGCUCUCAGUCUUUGUCUGUUCAGUGGAUCUUCAUCAAUGCUUUAAAAAAAAAAAAAAAAAAAAAAAAAAAAACAUUCCAUCUGUUUGCCAAAUCAGCAAGUGGUUGCCUUCAGUUGCUCAAAAGUCAGGGACUCUGAGAGGUUUCCUGUGCUACGAGAUAUUUCCCAAGAUUCCCUCUUUAUCGUGCCAACAGUGAACCUGUUUGGGUUUCUGCAGGGAGUAAGAUGUCUCUUCAGGAGAUUUGCCGGCCUGUUGACUAAAAUCAGUCUGUUAAUGCUGGUAUUUGUACAGUUUUUAAUGUGGCAUUAUUUAUCUUUUUUCCCAGUCCAGUUAACAGGGUCCACUGGUGAUGUUUGAUGAUCAGAUCUGGCAAGUUCUAGCAUAGAGAAUGUGUCCUGUGUUUGUGGGUGUGUGUGUGUGUGUGUGUGUGUGUGUGUAUGGAUGGAUGGAUGGUUGUGUGCACGUGUGUGUGAAUUUGUUGAUUUGUUUAUUAUUUAUUUCUAUCUUUAAAGAAUGAUUUAUUGCUGUUGUAUAGAAACGUAUGCACUAUUUACUAAUUACUGACUAUGAAAAUUCUGUUUCAAAUAUUGUGCCAAACAGUGAACAACUCACUUUAGACAUUUUUAUCUACAUACAUUUGCUGCAGUCUUUAACUUUGUUUUUUGUUUGUUUGUUGAUUAGAUCGUUUGUUUUGAAGGGCAGAGGAAUUUCAAGGGUGCAUGUUUUGGUACACAGUCUGUCUCUAUGGCACCAGCAGUCUACAACAGUCAACCAAUGAGGAGAGCCAAAUAGAUUGAGCACAUGAUACUAAUUACUGGCUUAUACGAAGACAGGACCCAGACACUGGUGUCACACAUAUAGUACUGUGAUGUUUUGAUAUGGAGGAGGGGUCGAGCGCUGGGUGGGAAAGCUAACUGCUGUUGACAUAAUUCCAAGUCUUUCAAGUGGUGAAAAAAACCUCUAAACCAUACAUUGCCGAUUCCUCCCAGUUUUUUAUGACAAAGGUUUUUUUUUUUUCUUCUUUUUUUUGAGGAGCAAGUAUACAUAUCAGGGUUUGUUGCAAGAGAAUCUGUUUGUUGUUGCGAAAAGAGCCUUUGUUCGGUGAUGCAUUAAUGUUAAUGUAGGGUGAAUUACGUGCCGAUUUUGAGGCAUAACUUGCAUACUUACAUAUGUUUUCUCUUUUAUAUGCUUUGUUUACUGUGGUCUCUGAUGCAUGUUUCAGCUUAUAUCAGACAAUGUCUGCUAUCCUGGGGGUCCAAGUGGGGCCCAGUUCUCAGCAGCUCUCAAGAAGUCCACCUGAUGAUUUUCUAACUGUAACUGCAUUUUUGAAUGUACGUUUUUUUCUUUCUCCCAUGAGUCAAAGUAUGAAUUCAGUUUUUCAUCUGGACUUUCGCCUUUGAAUGGUGCUGGUAGAAUAGACACAAACUGGAACAUUUAAAAAAAAUGAUAUAUGAUUAGAAAAAAAAUCUGUGGAAAAAACUGAAUUCUUAUUGUGCCCAUAAUUAUGAAUGUAUGAUAUACUGUUAUGUUUGAUGUACUGCCAUGAUUUUAAACAUUGAUUAGAAAAUACUCCUUGCCUUUUGUUUCAAGUAAAAGAAUAUGGAGCUUUAUUAACAUAGUCUUGAGUUGUUGCCACAAUGAUUCUCAAUGAACUCUUGACAUUAAAAGACUUGUAUAUUUUUCCGUGUGCCAAUUUGUAACAUAUUUUCUAAGUGUAUAUUUUUCUUAGAAAGUGCUGUGAAGUCUCUUGCUGUGGCUAAGCGUCCUGCCUUUUCAUGCUGUGAAAAGGAUAUCAAAUGCCAAGAUUAUGGUUUCAAAAACCAAAACAAUUACAAAAAGACAGAAUCGUGGAAGAGUGGAAUUAUGACCCAUGAGAUGAAGCUGUGAAACUUUGUUGAGAAUUUUGUAACUGGACCAAUUUUGUCGUUAGAGUGUUGUGCUAUAGUGUAAAAUAUUGUUGGAAACAGUCAGAAAAAAAUAUUGACAAUUUGUGAUUGUCAUUGCUGUUUUAUAGAUUUUCAUGUAAAUUAUUCUAGUAUUACUUUUUUGUUGUAACUGGUACAAAAGUUUCCAUAUUUGUGAUCAAGCCUGUAUGGUGAAAACUGUAAUAUUGGUAACUUGAUAAGUUUUGUAAUCAUGUUUAUGGGAUAAAUAUACAAUAAAAAGAGCUUUUGAUCACUGUU